AUGCAGAGUUAUGUGAAGUUUAUGAAGGAAAUUCUGUUGAAGAAAAGAAAACUGGAGGACUAUGAGACAAUGGCACUUAUUGAGGAGUGCAACACAAUACUCCAAAAGAAACUACCUCCCAAGCUUAAAGAUUCGGGUAGUUUCACCAUUCCUUGUACUAUAGGGAAUGUGGUUUUUGAGAAAGCACUCUAUGAUUUAGGGGCAAGUGUGAAUCUAAUGCCUUUAUCUAUCUAUCAAAACCUAAAAUUGGGGGAAGCGAGACCAAAUACUAUGACACUUCAAAUGGCGGAUCGCUCAGUUAAACAUCCUAGGGGUAUUGUUGAGGAUGUUCCAGUCAAGGUGGACUAA